GUGUCGGAGAGAUGACUCGUGUCGUUUGUCGCGUUGCAGUGUCCGCGCUGGGUCGUGUGAACACCCCACUCCGCAAAAGCAUUUCUCUCUCUCUCUCUCUCUCUCUCUUCUUUCUCUCUCUAUAUUUACGUUAGAUCUCAAUCGAACAUACUCGUUCAUUCAUAUAUUCCUUCUUUCUUACUUCCUGGCUAAACGCUGUCCACUAGCUUGGACGUUCAUCAUCGCCUCUCUCUCUGUGUUCUUGUCCUGUCUCUCUGAAACGAAGAAACGAAAAUCUGUAUCUAAGGAGUGGUCCUGGAUCGUGUCCCUAUAUACACCUAUAUUGCGUAGAACAUCUGAAAUCUAAUUUUUGAUAAGUUAGAUUAGAAACGGUUCUAGCUUGUGAUGGAGAAAAUUUUGAGGACUUAUUGCAUUCAGUGGUGAUCUCUUCUUUUUUUUCCGGAUCAAUUGUUUCCGGGGUGUAAUAAGAAGUGCUUUUGAGCUCUGUACGUUCUAGUCUAAGUAGAUCGGCUACAAAAAUGUCGAGAGGAAGACCUGAUGGGGGCCAAAAUAAACGGUUGGUUGGUGUGAUUUUGGGUUUGGUGGUCAUUUGUGGUGUCCUAUUCAUAUACUCACGGAAAAGCGGUUCAUCUGCUCUGGAGUAUGGAAGUAAAUCAUUAAGAAAGUUCAGCUCUUAUUUGGGUUCAGAUGAAGACGCUGAUGAGUCGCCCUCGGUUCUUGGGGAAGAUGGAGAAGAUGGUUUUAUACCGAAGAGCUUUCCAGUGUGUGAUGAUCGUCAUUCGGAGCUGAUUCCUUGCCUAGACAGAAACCUUAUUUACCAAAUGAGGUUGAAGCUGGAUCUUUCUGUGAUGGAGCAUUAUGAGAGACAUUGCCCACUCCCCGAAAGGCGAUACAAUUGUUUAAUCCCUCCUCCACCGGGAUAUAAGAUUCCAAUCAAGUGGCCUAAGAGCAGAGAUGAGGUAUGGAAAGCAAAUAUUCCCCAUACUCACCUUGCAACUGAGAAGUCUGACCAAAAUUGGAUGGUUGUCAAAGGUGAAAAGGUUGUAUUUCCUGGAGGAGGAACUCACUUCCAUUAUGGAGCUGGUAAAUACAUUGCAUCGAUUGCUAAUAUGCUAAACUUUCCGAACAAUAACUUAAAUAAUGGAGGGAAGAUUCGUACGGUCCUUGAUGUCGGUUGUGGAGUUGCUAGUUUUGGAGCUUACCUUCUGUCGUCAGAUAUUAUUGCAAUGUCCUUAGCACCCAAUGACGUUCACCAAAACCAGAUCCAGUUUGCUUUAGAGAGAGGUAUUCCUGCAUAUCUUGGUGUCUUGGGGACAAAGAGGCUCCCUUACCCAAGUAGAUCUUUCGAGCUCGCGCAUUGUUCCCGAUGUAGGAUUGAUUGGCUUCAAAGGGAUGGCAUCCUUCUUCUUGAGCUGGAUAGGUUACUAAGACCAGGAGGCUAUUUUGCUUACUCAUCUCCUGAAGCCUAUGCACAGGACGAAGAGGAUCUAAGAAUAUGGAGAAAGAUGAGUGCGCUUGUGGAGCGCAUGUGUUGGAAAAUAGCUGCUAAAAGGAACCAAACUGUUAUUUGGGUCAAGCCCUUGACUAAUGAUUGCUACAUGAAAAGACCACCCGGUACUCUACCUCCUUUAUGCAAACCUGAUGAAGAUCCGGAUGCUGUAUACGGUGUGAAUAUGGAGCCUUGCAUCACACCAUACUCUGAACAAAUCCAUAGAGCAAAAGGAAGUGAUUUGGCUCCUUGGCCUGCUCGACUGACCAGUCCACCUCCCCGCCUAGCUGAUUUUGGAGUUUCCACUGAUAUGUUUGACAAGGAUACGGAAGUUUGGCAGCAAAGAGUUGACAAUUACUGGAAUUUGUUGAAACCAAAGAUCGAGUCAAACACACUUAGGAACAUAAUGGACAUGAAGGCAAACAUAGGUUCCUUUGCUGCUGCUUUGAAAGGCAAAGAUGUGUGGGUAAUGAAUGUGGUGCCAGAGGAUGGGCCUAACGCACUCAAACUCAUAUACGACAGAGGUCUUAUUGGCACAGUUCACAACUGGUGUGAAGCCUUCUCUACCUACCCGAGAACAUAUGAUUUGCUUCAUGCUGGGGAUGUCUUCUCUGACAUCGAGAAGAAGAGAUGCAGUGCGGUGGAUCUGUUGAUCGAGAUGGACAGGAUCCUCAGGCCAAAAGGCUUCAUUAUCGUCCGCGACAAGCCACGGGUGGUGGAGUUCAUCAAAAGUUACUUGAAAUCGUUACACUGGGAGGCUGUGGCCACAGCUGAAGCAACUCAAGACGCGGAGCGAGGUGAGGAUGAAACAGUUUUUGUUAUCCAAAAGAAGAUCUGGCGCACAAGCGAGAGCGUUAGGGACUCGGAAUAGUUCAACACACUACCUGUUCUUCAAGUAAUUGGCUUAGGUGGUGCUGGUUAUUUACAUAAUUUUUGUAGCGUUGGGGUCUUUGGUUUUUUUUUUUAAUCUUUCGUGUACGUUUUAUUUCUUUGAGUUGACACAAAAAGCUCACUCAUAGAUUAUUCAAUAUGUUUUGUAUACCAUUUAUUGGGAUAAAGUUAAAGCUGUUCGAAGAAAUAAGGACUUUGUUUUGCGCGCGAGAAAUAUGUCUGUUGACGAUAUGAUUUUAGAUUGGGAAAAUACAGGAUAUAGUACAUUUAACAU